CCAGUGUCCUUUCUGGUAGUCGCAGUUCUGGCAGACUCUGACUCACUCUGCACAGUAAUCGUCCGCCAACAUUGGCAGACAGCGGCUGCUCGUUUACGGAAGCGCUCUUGGUCGCUCGCGCUCUCUCAUACCGUCCUUACUUCUGUAAUUUGAAGGGCACGGGGCACGGACGUGCUGCUGCAGCCUGUGUCUUUAAACACAAGAAGGGGGAAUGUGUUUCUGAGGCAUGUAGCCUGCCUGGCUAAACCCACCAGCUCCUCCUCUCUCCUACCUCCCGCUGAGGAAGGAAGGAAGGAAGGAAGGCGAGAAAAGCGCUUGAGAUGCCGAUGGUUUCAUCAGAGAGGCGACUGGAAAUAAAAGUUGAGCGCGUUUCUUUUUCCCCAAUUUUUUCUUUCUAUAAUUUCCUGUAAAUUCCCAUCUUCCAUCGGCGCUCCGGACAGACAGACAGACUCUGCAGAACCCCAGCUCUUAAAAAUUUUCGGCGCAGACGAUCGCAAACAGAAAUCUUAAGAAAUGGACCAAGAUAAUCCAACCCAGCUCCAGACCUCAGAAGGCAACCCAAACAGCGAAGCAGCAGCUGUAACAGCAACUUCAGCUACGCCUUCAGAUACGUCAGCUCUUGCCACCGACUCUAGCACUGGCCAACACGCAGUGCCUGCCAGGCCUCGGCGGCCGCAGAGGACUGCCAGAGUUGAGGGCUCUGUAGAUAUCUCUGAACUCAAAGCCGAGCCCAAAGCAGAAUCCACUGCACUGCCUAACCAGGAGGAGUGCGACCCUGAUGGCAAUGUGGCCAGUCAUUCCAAACCCUCUCACCCUUCAGCAGUCAAGCUCUCAGAAGAGUAUACUGGGCCCGGCAUUAAGGCUGGUCCUAAAGGUCCAGGCCACCACCCAGUAAGAGCUGCCUCCGUGCCCCACCCAUCUGCCAGCAGGCAUGUGCCUCAUCACCUGAACCCUCAUGCACAGAGAGCUCUCUCUGUGGCAGGUACAGCUGACACUCAGGCGCAGACUGUGGAAGACUUCAGGCUGCACAUCGUCACUUGGAAUGUGGGUUCAGCCACACCACCCGAUGACAUCACUUCUCUGCUCGGGCUGAAUGUGGGUGACGGAAACACAGACAUGUACAUCAUCGGGCUGCAGGAAGUAAACUCAAUGAUUAACAAAAGACUGAAAGACGCCCUCUUCACAGACCAGUGGAGCGAAGUCUGCAUGGAGAGACUCAGCCCCUUUGGUUAUGUGCUGGUUACAUCCCAGCGGAUGCAGGGAGUGUUACUGCUGGUUUUUGCCAAAUAUUUCCAUUUGCCAUUCCUGCGUGGAGUCCAGACUGAGACCACUCGCACAGGCCUGGGGGGUUACUGGGGGAAUAAAGGUGGAGUGAGUGCCCGCAUGUCAGUGUACGGUCACACCAUCUGCUUUCUCAACUGCCACCUCCCGGCUCACAUGGAAAACUCAGAUCAGCGGAUGGAGGACUUUGAGAGCAUCCUGCAGCAGCAGCAGUUUGAGGGCCAGGCUGCCACUGGGGUUCUUGACCAUGAUGUGGUGUUUUGGUUCGGGGAUCUUAAUUUCCGCAUCGAUGACCUGGAGAUGCAGGUGGUCAAAUCAGCCAUUGAUAACAACAAGUUUUCAAUAUUAUGGGAAAAGGAUCAGCUAAACAUGGCCAAAGACAGCGAGACAGUGUUAGAGGGAUUCCAGGAGGGACCGCUGAAAUUCCCUCCUACCUACAAGUUUGAUGUUGGAACAAAUACAUACGACACAAGUGGGAAGAAACGUAAACCAGCUUGGACUGACCGGAUCCUGUGGCGUCUGAGAGCCACGGCACCUGCUGGUGCAGGGAAGCGUGGCUCCAUUUCAGGGCUAACGAGUGGCGCCAAAGUGACGCAGCACAACUAUCGAAGUCACAUGGAAUUCACCGUCAGUGACCACAAACCAGUUUCUUCCAUCUUUACUCUUCAGUUCCCAUACAAGGUGGAUCUUCCCCUGGUCACAAUCAUAGUGGAGGAUGAGUGGAACAGUGUUGCUGAUGCCACAGUGAUAUUCAAACUGGCCCCCAACUACUCUCGCAGUUCUUGGGACUGGAUUGGACUUUUCAAGGUGGGUUUCAAACACUACAAAGACUAUGUGGGAUAUGUGUGGGCCAAGCAGGAGGAAGCAGAUUUUCUUCGACAGGAACAUCAGGUAACCUUUACUGAGGAGGAAUUGCCUAAAGGCUCAGGAGACUUUAUCUUGGGUUACUAUAGCAACAACAUGAGCAGCAUUGUGGGUGUAACAGAGCCAUUUCAGAUCCUGCUUCCCACCUCAGGCGAUGACACGAGCUCUUCAGACAGCUCUGAUGUCACUUCAGAAGAUGACAGCACUGUUGUCAUGAAGAUGAGGUCCCGCAGUCCUAGCCCACGUAAGAGCAAGCACCGCGGCCAUCGCAGCGGCAGCCGAAGCCGCAGCCGCUCCGGCAGUCCUCACCAGGUCAAAAUGAAAGAGGUUGAUGUCACCAAGGCUCCUCCAUCAAGCACCACUGCAGAGACAGAGUGCAAGUCCAUUAGAGGCCCAACAGAGGGCAGUAGCAGCCAGCUGUUUGGUCCUGAGGAGCAAGAGAAAAACUCACAGGAUCCAGGAGUGUGAGCCCGGUUGUGUUUACAGCUCACAUUAAAAACCUGUUGUGUCUUUAAAGUCAUGCAUCCACCUCACUGUAAAGUUUCUGUAGAGAAAAUUUACAGUUUCCGAUGCCAUCCUUUUCAGGAAUAGCCAUCUGGUUUGUCCAGGAGGCUUACUUUGCCUUGGGUUGUUUCAGUAAGCUGUGCACAUGCAUGUCUUUUAUUUGUAAACCCUUCACUCUCUGCUGUGUUUCUUCUCUCUUCGUCCGUUCUCAGGUGUGGUCAGCACAGGGAGCUGACACCUUUCAUGAGAAACUACUCAAGGAUUUUUGCUCACUUAAUACUUCAUAGGAACCAUCUUUACUGUUUUUCGACAGUGCUUUGAUGUUCCUAGCAGUCAUGUCAGCUCACUACAUAUACGAUAUUUGGAUUAUAACUUAUACUCGACACAGAUAUUCCACAUAAUUCACUCAAUGUUUGCUGUAGUAAUGGAUCCAUUAUAGAACAAAUCCUAUCAUACAGAUAAGAUUUAAUUAAAAAACAAUCCAUAAAGUCAUCACCAGCUCUGGAAACAGUCACAUUAUUAGUUUCUGCAAUCGGAGACAGAUGUGCAGCAUACAGUUUGACUUGGUGAUGUGGUUCUAACCUAGCACACAUUAUACUACAAAAUAUCCAGGGAGCAUUUCAAAUGAUCCACCAGUGGGAAUAAAUUCCCUCGAGGGUGCAUAAAAGCUGAGCAGAGCCAAAGUACGCGGAGGCUGUAAUUCAGGGGACUCGGACACUAGUCACGGCGUCAGAACAACACACACCAGUGUAGAGUGAACGCGAGUGUAAGGACGUUUAAAUAGGCCGCCAUGUCCACGCAGUGCGUAUGUGAUGGGUGUGGGAGGCUAGCUGUCAGCUGACACAGCAUAGCUGUCUUACAAAAACUAGCUGAUUGAUUGCUGGCCACUUACUGCUGGACCAACUGUGGCAACGCCUACAGCAAUACCUGACUCACCAUGAAUUGCUUUUUACACACAAUGCUUGGUGUGAGUUAAUGAGCCGCACUGCUUUUGCUCACAGCAAACAGCUGUUAAUUUUUAAGCAAAUUAACAACAUGAAUAACAACAUGGAUCUUUUAUUUAAUUUAUUUUUCGCAUGGUGUUUAAACCCAAAAUCAAUACAUUUCUCAUCUGGAUAUCUCAUAAAAAUGUGAGCAGGAACUCUACUGUGUAGAGCCACCAUAGGGACUUGUAUUGUACUGUAGGUCAGCGGUUCCCAACCUUAUUUGCGCCACGGACCGGUUUACGCCCAACAAUAUUUUCGUGGACCGGCCAUUAAAGUCUUGCGGAUAAAUACAACAAAAUAAAACUAGUACCGGUACCGAAA